AUGCCUGGCGUCGUGCCGGAGGUAUUUAACAGCUAAUUAGGUCCUCCCCACGUCAUUUCACUUCUUCCCAGGCCGACUCUUACCUUUGCACGUCUCUUGAGCUCAGCGAGCAGGAGAACUAUCUGACUGGAUUCGAGGCGCUCACCACCAAAGGAACCGCCCAUCACAUCCUUCUGUUCGGAUGCGAAGAGCCGGGAAGUGAUGAGCUCGUGUGGGAUUGCGGAGAGAUGAACAAGAACGGAGACGAGAUGCCACGUGCACCCACGUGCGCCAGCAAACCAGCCAUCUUGUUCGCGUGGGCCAUGGACGCUCCGGCUCUUAAGCUUCCGCAAGGUAAGAUAUAAUCCGGAUAUUAGCAUGAGUGGAGCUCUCGCUUUUUUAGACGUUGGAUUCCAAGUGGGAGGCGAGAGCAACAUCCGUCACUUGGUCAUGCAGGUGCAUUAUAUGCACGACAAAGAGGAACCCGACGAGACCGGACUCGAGAUCACUCACACCGAGGAGCCGCAGCCGAAACUCGCCGCCACGAUGCUCCUGGUCACCGGAGGAGUUCUGCCCAAGAACAAGACCGAAUCGUUCGAGACGGCGUGUGUGAUCGAAGAAGACGUUGUGAUGCAUCCGUUCGCCUUCCGCACCCACACCCAUCGCCACGGAGAGGAGGUCAGUGGAUGGCUGGUGAAGGAGGAUCAGAAGCACGAGGACCACUGGGACCUCAUCGGAAGACGCAACCCACAACUGCCGCAGAUGUUCGUCCCGGUUGCCAACGAGUCGAUGACCAUCGAGCAGGGCGACAUGGUGACCGCCCGAUGCACCAUGAAGAACACGGAGGACCGCGACAUCGGAAUGGGUGCCACUGGCGACGACGAGAUGUGCAACUUCUACAUCAUGUACUGGACGGACGGCGAAGUCAUGCACGACAACACGUGCUACUCGCCGGGUGCUCCCGACUACAGAUGGGUGCGCGAGGCGGCGCUCAAUCACAUUCCGAAAUAA